AUGACGAUGCUGUUCUUUGUGGCGAUGUCCAUCAUGACGCUUUCCUUGGGUACUGUGAGUGAUUUAAGAGUGUCCUUGCCUGCCUGUCAGUACCGGAACCACUUGCUCGACCUGAUCAGCCAGGCAGACGACUAUGAUUACCACGGAUCCGCUGUAAUACUGAUGAAGAAUCUGUCCUGUGAUAUUCGUAUGAACCAGGUCCGGACAAUGGCCAAGGGUUUGUUUCAGUACAUGAACUACAACUAUUUCAACCAUACAAAAAUGCCCCAUGAUGUGUCCGGUGACAGUGAUGAUUACAGCGACACAUAUUACGAAGAUCUAUUCGACACUUUCCUGUACGACCACAAUGAAUACUAUGAUUACGAAAUAGAAAAACCUCAACUUUUACGGGCAAUGGCCGAGAUUAAAAACCUACCGGAUAUAACAAAGCGCCAUGAUGUCCUGACAUACUUGGAUAUUGCUCCUGUGGUAGUCUUCACUAUCGAGCUGAUCCUACAGCUAGCAACAUGUCCAAACUACAAACGUUUCUUCAAGACUUGGCUGAAUGUGUUGGACAUCGUUAUUCUGGUGUCAGCCUCUGUAGGACUCGUACUGGAAUUUAAAAUCGCUAGAUAUCGUUUCAACGAGAAAGGGAUUAAGAUACUCAUGUACUUACAAAUGUUUAGGGUCCUGCGAGUAAUGCGAUAUAUUCAACACGUUCCGGCCGUCCAGGUUCUCGUCUUCACCGUACGGACUAACUGCAAAGACCUCGCUGUCAUAAUCUCAUUCGUUCUCAUGGGCGUGCUAAUUUUUGGAAAUUUUGCAUAUUUCGUGGAGGAUAAAUCAGAAUUUACCAACAUCCCCACUUCCUGGUGGUGGGGACUUAUCACUAUGACAACCGUCGGAUACGGUGACGUUGUUCCUAAAACUUGUCUCGGUAAGAUUGUGGGUAGUCUGUGCGCGUUAUGUGGUGUGAUUUGUUUGUCAAUCACCAUACCAGUAUUUGUCAACAAUUUCAUUUCACUAUAUGAAUUUUCAAAAAUAUACGGGAAAUGUUUGAAAGGAAAAUACUCUGCCAAGAUCUGUCCUCUCGGUCAAAAGUACGAAGAAGGUAGUGUCCAUGCAAAGACAGGUCAGCCAGUCCUUCAACCGAGAGAAAAAGUUAAAUCUUUCAGCAUUUUUGUAAAACCAGCUAACGUUGAAUAGUAUAAUCUAUAUUCCGUUGACUUAUUUAAAGUCUACCCUUUUUAUAUACAUAUUUAUCAGUUAUUAAGAUAGCCAAGCAUUUCCGGGCAAAUGCGCAUUCAGAAAUUGGUCGCUAUUCUAUAGAAAAUGAUCAAGCUGAUUUAGAGGCUGACAAGUGUUAAUGAGUACUUUUUAUUCCUUUGAUGUUUUAAAAUAUCUGUUUGUCUAGUGUUUGGGGCACUUUAAACAUGGUGCAGUGUAAAUAUCUGUUUGUCUGGUGUUUGGGGCACUUUAAACACGGUGCAGUGUAAAUAUUUAAAUCACAGACUGAUAAGAGAUUGCCGUUACGUUAUACAGAUAACAGUAAACAGUAUACCAAAUUGUUACCGUUACGUUGUAACAGUAAACACUAUACCAAAUUGUUACCGUUACGUUGUAUAGAUAACAGUAAACACUAUACCAAAUUGUUACCGUUACGUUGUAUAGAUAACAGUAAACACUAUACCAAAUUGUUACCGUUACGUUGUAUAGAUAACAGUAAACACUAUACCAAAUUGUUACCGUUACGUUGUACAGAUAACAGUAAACACUAUACCAAAUUGUUACCGUUACGUUGUAUAGAUAACAGUAAACACUACACCAAAUUGUUACCGUUACGUUAUAUAGAUAACAGUAAACACUACACCAAAUUGUUACCGUU